GCGUAAACCUUGAAGGGCAGUAGCUAGAAACCCGUAACAGUGGGCCGCAGGGUUCCCCACAUGAAGAGGAAGUUCCCUUCCCGGCGGAGAAAGAAGGGCUCUGAGAGACGACGCAAGAAGAUGAAACGAAUCAGCCGCGUCAACGACAAUCUUUUCGGCUCUUCACCGGAACCCUGCCCAGCGACGAUUCCCGACGACGACAAUCGCGCGGAUACGAAAUCCGCCGGAUUCGGCUCCCAAUCUUUGGCUCUCAAGCGGCUUCUGAUCAGCGUGGCGGAGAGCAUAUGCGAGCGUCUCGAGGGAACGCCGUCGUCAGCAAGUCCGAUUCGCCGCCACGACGACGGGAAGAUGAAGGGAGUCGCCGUCUCCCAAUGCUCGCUGAGGGAAAUUCCCCUGUUCGCGCGGGGGAGGAGCCGCUGCGAGCCCGGCGAGCCGUCGCGCGCCUUCUGCUCGAUUUGCGAAGAUGCGAAGCCUCCUAGCGCGAUGAAGAGUGGGACGGAUUGCGGGCACCGGUACUGCGAGGAUUGCAUCAGGGAAUACGUCAGGGCGGAAAUCAAAAGCGACAUACACGGGAUCAAAUGCCCCAAUUCGGACUGCAAGAAGAAUCUGAGCACCAAUUUCUGUCUAGAUUCAUUGGAGGAUUCAAAGGAACUCCUCCAAACAUGGGUCUCCGCCCAGAAGGAGACAGAAGCCCUGGCAAAACCCACACGAAUAAGAUGCCCGUUCAAGGAUUGCUCCAGAUUGUUCUUGGAUGACAGAAAAGGUUUCUUGAUCAAAGCGUGCCCCCAGUGCUGGAGGCUUUUCUGCAGGAAGUGUGAGGUGCAAUGGCAUAUGGGAGUGGGGUGUGGCCAGUACAUGUUCUCGUUGCGAUUGGAAGCGCUAAGGCGGAGGCAGGAGGAGGAGAAGGAGAAUGGUGAGGAGGAGGAAGUGGGCAACAUAUUCAGGAUCAUCAAUAGUAAUGGAGCAGUGUUUAUUGAUCCUUAUGCAUCUCGUAGAAUAAGGAGGGUACCAAGGAACAUGAUGCCUCUGAUAUUCUGCAGAAUGCAUUCACAGAUGGAUGAAGAAGAAGGUGAUAAAGCUUAGAAUUGAUUAUCAUCGUCUCUCCAACUUUAGUUUUACCUCAAUUAGCAAGAAAGGGUAAGCUGCAUA